AUGUUUCGCCAGAUUUUGCGGCGCUGUAAAUCCGAUUUUGUGCUUGCGAAGCGCGCUCCUGAUGGAAGCUUGAAAAUUGCCGACAUCAAAGCUCUUAAUCGAGAUUUGACCUGGAUGACUCCAUAUUUUGCAGAAGUUGAGCUGAAUGAAACUAGAUCAUUGAUCAAACUCGACGGAGUCGCGCAAAUGCAAAAUGAGAAUCUCGUAGGAAAGAUUUUGAGCAUGAACGCCAAUCCGGGUGGAAAAUCGGCCCCGCACGGAUUUAUCAAAGACGGAGAGCAGAAAGAAUACUAUUUUCAGCCUAAGAAAUGCCCGAUCGGUUUGACAGAGGCUGUUAGAGCUCAUGAAGAAGCACUAGAAGUGACAUUUGACGUCUGUGAAUUGGGCAAGACGGGAUUGAGAGCCUUGAAUGUGCGAGUCAAGGAGUCAAAAUAA